AUGAUUUCGCAUUAUGCGACGAGCGACGAAUUGAGUGACAAAGCCAGAUUUCCAAAUUUCCUCCGGACCAUUCCCCCGGACAAGUUGCAAGCCAGGGCCAUGGUAGACAUUUUGGAGAAAUUCGGCUGGACUUGCAUUGGCGUUCUGUACACAUCAGAUGCUUACGGCAUACGCGGAUCACAGGAAUUGCUUAAACUUGCGGACGAAAAAGAAAUGUGUGUCGUCUUUUCUAAGUCUGUGACUGGAAGCAAGCCUACACAGUCAGAGAUCGCAGAGUUGCUUUCUAAGAUUGAUGAAUUUGAAAUUGUGCAUGUCAUUAUUAUUUUUGGUGGAGAGGAGAUGUACGAUAUACUUGAAGAACUGGAAUGUCGUAAGCCAGGUUACAGGGUUACGUUGAUCUGCAGUGACGGUAUUCACGGACGGAAACUCUCUGAGGUCUAUCUAGGUAACAUGACGAAGGGAAGUUUGCGUCUGGAGCAGCAUCGCAGUUAUGUACCCGAAUUUCAAGACUACUUUAAAAGUUUGGAAGCUGCAUCACAGGUUAGCCCCUGGUACAAUGAGUUGAAAGACUUUAUAAUGAAAAGUAACGAAUGUGUGAAUUUGACACUGUGUUCCCUCCCUCAAUACGCUAUGAUUGAGAGUACUAUUUAUCACGCAGUGUACGCCUUUGCCUAUGCUCUGGACGAUUUAAUACGACAACGGUGUAGUAGUAGAACCACUGAUUGUUCACACCGCUUACACAAUAUCAGUGGACAAGAUCUUUUGCCGUAUCUGUUCAAUGUGCAGUUUGAAGGCGUAGGAGGACCGUUCGAGUUCGACGCUAACGGAAAUGCGGAGGGGGCGUAUACAAUCAAGGGUCUCUUAGAAGAAAAUAACAAGAUAGAAUGGCAAGAUGUGGGACUAUGGGACUCGCACCGGACGCAGAAACUUUCAAUGGUGGAUGCAGCUAUUCUUUGGCCAGACGGGACGCCGCAGUCCCAUUGCAAGCAGGAAUGUCUCCCCGGUCAAAUUGCGGUUCCUCUUCAAGAGAAAUGCUCUUGGGGUUGCCAAACUUGUUACAAAGAUGCUAUCGUGGUGGAUAAUGCAUGCGAGCAGUGCAAGAGAACCCACUGGCCCAGCACAAAUCGUUCUGCCUGUGAGCCCAUCGUCCCGGCUAGCGUGGCUACAUAUGAAGUCAUCAUCGUCGUUAUCCUAGUUCUCUGCAGUACUGGAAUCGCCCUAGCAGGGCUGAGUUUUGCCGGUCUAUGCUACUAUCGCCAUCACUCCUUGAUCAAGGCUAGCAGUCGUGAGCUCGGUACCGUGUCCAUCGUGGGAACGAUCUCGGCCUGUCUUGUUCCCUUACCGUUACUGCUUCCGCCUUCUGACCACACGUGUGCGGCAGCGGAGGCACUAGUCUCCCUCUGCUUCACCAUGACUUACGCACCCACGUUACUCAAAGUCAACCGUAUCCAUCGAGUGUUUCAAGCCGGUAGAAGGUCGACUAAAUGCCCUCGGCUGGCUCGACCAAAGGAGCAGAUCUUCAUAGCAUCGAUUAUCGUUCUCAUACAGAUAUAG